AUGGCCUCCUCGGACAGGUCGCCGUCCCAGAAGCUUUCUCAUCACCAACAACACCAAUCGCCCCACGUGAAGCCUCACUCUUCACCUUCGGGUGCAGCGCGUCGCAUGCCCACCCCUGGUCAAUCAUCCCGAAGGGGAUCUACAGAUUCUUCCACCAAUGUCGGCACCGCCACCACCAAUGAAUCAUUAUCACAAUCUAUGACCGCCAGCGCAACUCCAGAAGUUGCAGGUGCCGAACCACCCAGCACCUCCGCCACCCCUGCGCCUUAUGGCACUCGAUCUAGGGGUCGCAAUGCAGCACCCCGCCCCAACUAUGCGGAAGAGCGUGACAUCGACAUGGAUUUAGAGAUCCUGACUCCGGCAAACAGAGUCAAAAAAAGUAGUGGCGCCGCAACCCACAACAGCACUAACGGCGCCAAAGCUGAGGGUGAGAAGACUGUCUCGUCUUCAAAUUCCCGAAAGAGCCUGACUACGGUGAAUGGUUCCAAUCCCGCUUCCGCGAAGGAUGCGAUCCCCGGCACAUCAUCCUUUUCUGCAAAACCGGAAGAUGGAUCAGCUUCCUCGGGUUCGUCCAAAAAGCGGAAGCAGCCAGCCAGCGCCCCCAAUUCGAAUUCGGCAAAUGGUAGCGCGGCCAAAAAAUUAUUUACCACCGCUCCUGGUCUCGAUUCCAACCUGGCACCUGUGACUAACAUGGUUUCUUUCGAGAAACGUGGAGCCCGCCUGAAGGAUGGCGCUUUGGUUGCUGACGAUGGCACAACAUUCGCCGUAAAUGAUCAUGUUUAUCUCAUAUGUGAACCUCCGGGAGAGCCGUAUUAUCUUGCUCGAAUUAUGGAACUCCUGCCAUCCAAAGACAAGCCGAAUGGGCCGAUAGAAGCGCUACGCGUGAAUUGGUACUACAGGCCGCGAGAUAUCCAGCGGACUGUUGCGGAUACAAGAGUAGUCUUCGCCUCGAUGCAUUCCGAUACGUGCCCGCUUACCUCCUUGCGCGGAAAAUGCCAAAUCAAACAUCUUUCAGAGAUUGAAAAUUUCGAAGCGUACCGGAAAACGCGCGAUUGCUUCUGGUUCGACAAGAUGUUUGACCGAUACAUCCAUCGCUACUACGAGGUCGUACCCACGAAGAAGGUGAUCAACGUCCCCGCCAACGUCAAGAAAGUCCUCGAUGAGCGAUGGAAGUUUGUCCUUGUGGAGAUAGGGAAGCGGAAAGAACUGUUCAGCGCAGUCAAAACCUGCACAAGAUGCAGUUUAUACGCUGCAAAUAAUGAUUCCGUCGAUUGUGCUGUCUGCCGCAAUACCUAUCAUAUGCAUUGUGUGCGUCCUGUUUUAACCAAGAAACCCGCCCGAGGAUUCGCUUGGGCGUGCGCAGCUUGCAGCCGUGCGCAGGAACGGAAACUCGAGGCUCGGAACACGCCGACCGUUGGUGAGGCUCCAGCCGAGCCAGAGGAGGAGAUCGUGGAAGAGGAGGAAGAGGACCUCAAUGGCACUGCUAACGGUACUAAUGGCAGUACGCCGGCUCCGACCGAGGAGGUUACCAUUCGACCCGCGACAGCAGAACAGAUAGCGCAAGCUCGGAUGUGGCCAUAUCGCUAUCUGGGAAUCCACUGCCGCGUGGAAGAUGCGCUUGAUUACGAUGACCGCAUUUACCCGCGAGCCAGCUCGCGAUUGGGACCCCGCCACCAGGCAGUGGUCAAUCCAUGGCCAGGUCGCCCUGUUGAAUACGCCAAGCCGAUUGAUAUCAAGAAGAAAUAUCUGACCAAAUCCGGUCGCAAGGAAUCCAAACUCUCGAAGGAAGCCCAGGCUGCUAUUGAAGCAGCAAGACAGGAAAAAGCGAACCGGCCAAAAUGGGUUCAGGAUGAACCGGUCGGAUACAUUCGUCGCGGCGAAGAUGAACCGGUCUCAGUUAAUGGGAAGCCGACCCGUACCGCCGAAUUGCUGUUCAAGAUGCCCACUGCGUCACAAAUAUCCUCUCGUGGCGAAGACGAUGCGCCUGCCGCAGAACUCAGCGCUGCUGAUCGCGAGAAAUUCAUGGAUGAGUAUAUGGAACGGGCCAAGGAACUCGCACCCCAGCUGGGGGUGGAGAAGUAUUCGACUAACUUUCUCGACAAGGCUUUGGAGCUUUUAUACGCAAACAGUUUCGACGUUGAGGCCGCUUUGGCGAAGUUGAAACAGCAAAACAAGUACAAGGAUCUGAAGGAACCACAUUUACGUCCUGAGGAAGUCAAAGUUUUCGAACAAGGCGUUGCCAAAUACGGUUCCGAACUACGCUUUGUGACCAAGCACGUCGGCACUGUGCCGCAUUAUCAAAUUGUUCGAUUCUACUAUAUGUGGAAAAAGACCCCUCGCGGUCGGCAAAUCUGGGGUAACUACGAGGGCAGAAAGGGCAAGAGAGAGGCUAGACGACAGAGUACUACCGCCAAGCUUGUUGAUGACGUGGCUGACGACCAAGACGAUUCAGCUUUCGACAAUGGGAAGGCGGUUGAGAAGAAGCGCGGCUUCCAGUGCAAAUUCUGCUCCACGCGUUCCUCACGACAGUGGCGACGCGCGCCAGGUGUUCCCCCAGGCACGACGACGCCGAGCGAGUCGUCGUCCAAGAAGGCGGAUAAAGGGCCACAGCUUACGGUGGCUCUUUGUUUGCGAUGUGCCCAACUCUGGAGAAAAUAUGGAAUCCAGUGGGAGAGUGUGGACGAAGUCGCAAAGAAGAUGGCUCAAAGCGGCAACAAGUCCUGGCGCCGGCGGGUCGAUGAGGAAUUACUGACACAGCUUCUCGCCUCCGAGGAUCCGGCUAAUAUCAACAGUACCACAGCAGCCGCAGCGGCAUCGAUCGGCAUACCAGUCAACGCCACUCCGCCAGCGCAGCCACAGGAACCGGUGAAGAAGAAGGCAAAGAGUGGCGAGAAGGACAGUGCGGCCACCUCGGCGGCCACGUCGGUCGAGCCUGCGCCCAAGAAGAAAGUACCGGUCGAAAAACCGCCAGAACCGGCACCCAUCGUCCCAGAUCCCCCCAAGGCCAAGGUCCUCCCCUGUGCCAUCUGUAACAAAUUGGAGCCUGUGGGUGACCAGCAUCUGUCUUGCCGCGACUGUCGCCUGACUGUUCAUCGUAAUUGCUACGGUGUCAGUUCAUCACGGAAUUGUGCGAAGUGGCUGUGUGACAUGUGUUCCAAUGACAGAAACCCCAUGAUUUCGACUUGCUACGAAUGCGUUCUGUGUCCUGUGACCUGGACGGAACAUGAACUGAUGGAGGCGCCCAAGGUUUCGCACAAGAAGAAGACGGAGAGGGAUCGGGAAAAGGAGCGUCUGGAGAAGGAGAUGGUCCAAGAGGCUAUCAAACUCUACCGACAGAGGCAGGAGGCCGUUGGUAAGCCUAUCGGGCCUCGCGAGCCACUCAAACGAACGGCCGGCAACAAUUGGGUGCACGUGACAUGCGCAGUUUGGACCCCGGAGAUCAGAUUUGGAAACGCCAAAGAACUUGAGCCCGCAGAAGGAUUCGGGCUCAUUUCCGCCGACAGGUACAGGGAUGUGUGCAAACUGUGUAGGACCAGCAAAGGCGCGUGCGUCACCUGCAAUCACACCGGCUGCAAUGCCCGUUUCCAUGUUGGAUGCGCGUUUCAGGCACAAUACGUGUUCGGAUUCAACAUUACGCCCGUCAAGAGUUCCCGACGGGACACUGUGAACAGUAUACGGUUGGGCGAGGAGGUGGGAGCAGCCACUGCGGGGAUCUGGUGUCCCCAUCAUGCACCCUCAUCUGGCGUUCAUCAGGUGGGAGAAAUGACCGGAGAAACCGGGCUCAAUGCUCUCCAGCAGUAUGUCCAGUCGUAUAAGCAAGCUGACCUGACUUUGCCUGGAACCGUCCGAAGAGCGGCAUAUGUUCAACAGGCUCUGAACGCUUCCCAGCCUGCCACGACUGCCAGUACACGCCGUUCUUCUACCAUCAACGGCCUUGUCACUGCCACCUCGCAUCCACCACCACCCCCGAAGGACAGCCAGAAGGUCAUCGUGACUGCGGCCCCCGAGCAAAAUCCUGAUGGAAUGGUGAUCGAUUCCGGCAAUCCUUUCCCCCGCCAGGUUGCGAGCCCCGAAAUGGAGCGCAAAUGCUGCCGUUGCUCUACGUCGUUCAGCCCUCGCUGGUGGCCCAUCGACAAUGCCCGGCGAGCGGCCGUUCUCAACAGCAGAACAUCAAGCGUGAACGGGGUCGGCAUGAGCGAACCCGCGGGCAGAUUCCCCCAUCCAUCUUCUGCCAGCCCACCAUUUCUUUCUCGCAACCUGUCCCAGCACUCGUUGUCCAAGUUGAACGGAGAGUACAACAUCGGCAUCGAGGGCCCGCUCUAUGAAUGCCACAAGUGCUAUCUCAAGACGGCCGUGGCUCAACCGUCCCCCGAGCCUCGCCCUUCUCCAUACCCCGCGCAGCGGCCUGUGUUGCCAGCUCCCCGAAUCUCGGAAUACCAGGUCCACCCCUAUGGGACACAUGCGCACCCGACGCCUCCUCCGACUGGGCCCACUGGGGUUCUCCCAAGACCGCUUGGAGCAGCGCCUUCGCACAAUGGUCCAGAAUGGUAUUCGGGAUACGACCAGCGUUCGACCGAAUAUGGGGACGGGAAAUUGCGCAAUGGCUUGCCCAUUCCGGGAUAUCAUGGGGCCCCCCCUGCUGCCCCAACCCUUCCCAUGAACGGGUUCCCGCAUCCGUCCACGGCUCACCAUGCUCCUCCCCCGCCACCACCUCACUACCCCGGCGGAGCGCCUCCACCUCCUCACCAGUCGUACUCGGCUCACCAGAGUCCGUAUGCCCCGGUAUCGAUGCCGUCACCCCAUCCUUCACAUGCGCCUGUGUCCAUGCCAUCGCCCCAUCCAUCGCAUGCACCGGGUCCCCGCCCGUUUGCCUCGUCGGCAUCACCGCCUGUGGCGCAAGCGACGAUCAUCCGUCAUUCGCCGCAGCAUUCGCUCAGCGCGCUGAACGGAGGUCCCCCUCGGAUGUACUCGGUGGAUCGCGUCCUGGGCGCGCCUACUCAGUCACCUAUCGUGGCGCACGCGCGGAUCGAUCCCCGUGGGUUGACACCUCCAGGAAAGUUGGAAGAGACUUCGGUGGGGCCGGCGGGAGGAGCAAUGAGUACUGGUCGCAGUGCGACUGUCAAUGGGACGAACGGGGGGUCUGGGGCCAGUGCCAGUCCGUCGUUGAAGAAUCUACUUUCAUAA